AUGCGUACAUUACAGAAAACCGAUCUCCUCCGUCGGCGCCAGCUCCAGAUAUUAAAGAAAGUUUGCAACAUCCCUAAUGAAGCGCAUGUAUAUACCGUGUCCGUCAAUUAUCACGACGAUAGCACGGACGAAGAGUUCUUGAAUGAUUUGCACGGAAUGAAUGUGGAAACAGUCCUUCAGCAUUCUCCAAAGCUACCACUUUCAAUAACCACAAGGGUCUUGGGUCAUGACGUAUCAAUAGAGAGAACACAAGAUUUUGCCGCCUAA